AUGGCGGCUUAUCAAGACCCGUGGGCACUAAAUCUCGUGGUAGACGAACUGGGCCAUCCCGGGCAAGACAUGACGAGGCAGACGCCUGGAGAUUCCGGCCUCCAGGACCCACACAUGGGACCAACAGGCGCUACUGCUCCUUUGGUGGCUGCCAGUGUUGGCCUCGGGCUCUCGUUUAAUGAAUUCACGGACAACGGAGACCCGGAAAUAUCGGGAUGGGCCGACAAACUGUACGAGCACCAACCGCUCCCAGAAUCUAGUCUCCCCACGUCAUUGAUUUACCCAUCGACCUUGGGAGAACCACCUACCAUGAGAACGGCAGGAACCACAAUCGUGGAAGAUCUGAUGAUGGCGUCCGCUGCUGCUACUACAACCGCCGCUGACGAUUCGUCAAAGAAAGGAAGAGUCAACACGAGGCCGUCGGCGGCCCUCGCUACUUCCGCGUCGUCCGUUGGGAACGUGACUAACAGGCUUUUGGCGGAUGCUCGUUCUGCUGCUGAUGGUGAUGCCGUUGGGCCUGCUGUCACUGCCGAGCAGCCAGGCUUGCUCGCGGCGUGCCGCACCACCAGGCAGGGGUCUGCUUCCUCCACUAUCAAGGCAUCGACGAACAAGCCGACCACGCCCGACUGCGCGGAGAGGAAGGAACCGGUGCCCAAGCGGCGAAAAUUGCACGCUUCUGCUGAACCUGUAGCGGCGGAUGUGGCGGCGGCGGCGACGACGGUGGCGAAGGCCGCGGCCACGGCAGGUUCCUUUUCUUCUUUCAAGGUCGAGGCGGCGACUUCGAUGAUCGCAGCGAGAACGAUAACUCCAGAUGGUCCUUUUUCGGCAACAUCACUGUCAUCGGCGGCGGCUGGAACAAGUGUGGAGAGAGGGCGGGGGCUACUUUCGAACACUUCGGUGUCGGCGGGCGCGGGAGGGACGGGCGGCAGGGGGUGGCGGAAGCAAGGAGGCGGCGGGGCACGCGGGGCCGUGCCCGCCAAGACCGCCGCGGCUAGCAUUCCGGAGUUUGACAUCUACGGCUUCAACGACACGUCCCACCAGGCGCAGUACGAGCGGAUGACCUUCCUUGAGCUCGCGAAGGCCGACAUGGAGCGCGUCAACCUGGAGCGCGACUUCCUGGACAAGAACGCCCGCUUCGACAACGCAAAGGUCGCCCACGCCAUGGUCCACGAGCGGUGGGCGAGGGCGAGAGCGGUCUUCGAGGGGACGUCCAGGGCGGCCAGCGUCUACUUCGUGGCGGAGCAGGAGGCGAAAAAGAGGCACGAGGCGGCCUGCCGCGACAAGCGGGUCGCGGAGGCGAGGGUGACCGAGGCCGAGGAGAGAUCGGCGCUCACCCGGGCGGUUGUCGAGGAGGCCGUGAAGACGCUCGACACCAAACGUGCGGCCAAGAGGCAGGCGGAGGCGGCCCUCCAGCAGGCUUUUGAGGCCAACGAAGUGGCCGAGAAGAGGGCAAAGGCGCCGGCGUCCGGAACGAGCGGCGCCAAAGGCGGCGACAACGGCUGCGGCGGCGGUGGAUUUUCUGGCGAGGGAUCUUUGUCGAACAAUCGGAAACGCGACGUCGACGGAACCCUGCCGCCAUCUACUGCGGUGACAAGAGCGAUCAACAAACGUGGCGACGUCCAGCAACAUGUUACGGCCAAGGGUCUGGGCAGUGUCGGUGAUGGCGACACGGAGAAAGAGGCCACUGCCGAGGAAGGACAACCCGCGGCAAAGCUCCCUGCGAUGAUGGGCGUCAACCCCCUGUCCGACGAGCAAGAGCGACAGUUUUACGUGAGGGGACUCGAGAUCGAGCGCCAGAUCAGGGCCAGAGUGGCGUCAUCGGCCGACAACAGCGUCGCAGCCAAGCAGGAAACACCGGCCACCACCACCACCACCACCGAAGCGGGAGAGCUAGCGUUUUUCGCGGCUGCCGACACCACCACGUUACAGCCACAAGCCGCGACCACCACGGCCACCGCCGCCCUCGAGCUCGCGCUUGAGGCGGUCGAUUCCGAGCUCGCCGCCGCCGAGGGGAGCAUGAAGACCGCCGCCGUCUCCGCGGGGCGUGCGACCGCCGAGCUUGACUCGGUCAGGCUCGCCCCCGACCUGCAGGGGGCCGUCCGGGCGGUGGCCGAGACCGCCGACGCCCACCGGGACGCUCUGGACAAGGCCGGGCUGUACGUGUCCUGGGUGAACAACGAGGUGCUCGCGCAGAGGGGCCUGCGGGCCUGGUCCGACAAGCUCUUGCGCGCCGCCGUGCUCGCCUGGGACGCCAGGGAGAAGGCCCGAAAGGCACUCAACAGGGCCGGGGAGAGGAUGUCGAGGGCGGUGUGCCUCCUGCAGGGGUUCCCGCGGGGCAAACAGAUGAACGUGUCCCGCCAUGCCCUUUUCAAGGCCGUCGUGGAGAACCAGCACCAGCUUUGCCAGCUCAACGCUCUGAAGCGGGAGGAGGAGGAAGAAGCUGCGUUGGUUGGAUGA